CAAUGUCGAGCUCUUUUGCUUGGAAUUGACGGAUCUCAAACUUACGGAGUGAAAGCUCCAUAACGGUGCCUGCUUGCUUGCUGAAGUAACAAAAGUCCCUCGUCUGCACUCAUGGUUUUUUCCUUCUCGCCAUCGGAGAGAGGAGGGCUGCAAGAUAGAUCUUGAGCUCCAGACAAUCAUUCACUUGUUGUAUUAUUAAUCUGAGAAACGAUGGGCACUCACUCGCUCCCUCACCAUGUCGACCGUAGAUUGAAUGAACGAAUGUGACUCUAAGUCCUCCUCAGGCUGGAAAGGGGGUUUACGGAGAAAUGCUGUGUUUCCUCUGGGGUGUCUGGAAGCCUCCAUGAUCGAUGAGUGAGGAAAUGUCCAUGACCUGACGAUCAAAUGGUUCUGAGUCUGAAAUGGAUGAGCAUCAGAAUGUCGAGGGUCGUGGGCAUUAUGGGCAGAUCGUGGACGUGAGGGAAUAUACGCAAGCAGAUCCAGGCGACUAAAUGCCCCCGUAGUCUUGGAGGGAAGGGGAGCUCAUAUCACUUCAAGACCAAGCAAAUUGUAGACCUUAAUCUGGGGGUCAACUAGAAUAUCUCGAACAGUUUUGAACAUUGCACUGGCUGACUUAUGCUACUACAACCACCAACACUAUUUCCACAUUCUGGAGAGCAAACAGGAGCUCGCUCAAUCGCUCUAUUUUCGCAGAGCUCUGAGUUUACUCUCUGAGAGUCUCGUCCCUCACUUCCUUUGUCACUCCUACACUUCCUCGAUGUCCUUGAAAGUGCAGUGGUCUGACCUUUCAAACCCGCCAGUCCAUUUGGUUCAUGAUCCAUUCCAACGAGAGCGUUGUCCUCUCGGCGAGUGCUUUCGUUUUGAGUUGGGAAGAGGAGUGGUCUGGUCCGGUCUUCUGCGGUUUAUGCUGCAGCUACUGAGGAGCAGCUGAUUGGACUGAUAAGCUGCUAAUUGAGGAGUUUUUCUUGAGAGAUGAAUAUGGUUCGGUCGUUGCUGUGCCCCGGGUCUUGGGCUCAGAAUCCUUGCAAGUGAUGGGAUUGUCCUCAGUAAUGAAAGCUCAAUCCCCCCAGUCGCAAGGACUCUGACGUACAAGUUUGUAGCUCUCUUCUGGAACAGUUAUCGUUCCUCGAGUGGUUCAAUUGGUGCUGUUGUCCAAACGAGUCGACAUCUUCUCCUGUGUCAAGGCACGAGAGACUGCGAUCAACUCGUGCCACGUUCUUUUCAAAGCGGAUGGCUUUCGUUGGGUUGGAGCCAUACUCCAUGAUGUUCACUAAAUUCGGGCUGUUCACAGAAACCUCAUGCUACUCAUGAAUCGUUGCCGUUUGUCAAGUGUUGAUAAUUCUUCUCUGGGGGCAAAUAACCACAUUGCCCAUUCAAGGUGUUAACCUUAUUACCGAAUUUACUCCCAUCUCAUUUCUGGAGCAGUCUCUCUUCCUGAGCGCGAGGAAGGAUCAAAACAUCCUCAUUUCAGAUUCGCACGAAUUCACAAGUACUGGAGCAGCAGCAGCAGCAUCAGCUUGGGUGAGAUACUUACUUCGACGGAGCAGACUGUCUGUACCAGGCUGAGGUGCGUACUGAAGUGUGAAGUGUGAAUAGACGCAUGUCCACUCGAGAUCUGAAAAAUGCUAAAAUGGCUUGAUGUAUCAGAAGGGUAAGGUCCUAAAACUGCGUAUGAUGGGUUAAGGGGAACAGAAUCCACCACGAAAGGGGAAGUCAAACGUCCUUGUUCUCAGUAGAGAAUCCGCCACAUUCACCUAAGCAAGAUGCUUCUGGUACGAUGAAGCGUUACGGUGAUUCCAGCAGCUGAAGGUGAUGCAAAGGUUACAUCAGCGUGCAUUAUUGCCAGUAUCACCGGAUGCAAGGUCAGGCCAGUCCAGUCCAGUUUAUGUACCUACUCUGAAGCGUCAACGUCCGGACUCGUCUAUUUUGAUCCACCGGCUCAAUUGUACGCUCGGUUUAGUGUCGAAUUGUGUCAAAAUGUUUACGUGUGGUAUACUCGACAGAAAAGACACUCAGAGAGAGAGAGAGAGAAAGAGAGAGAGAGGAGUGAAGAUAAUCGAAACGUGGGCUUGAUCAGUGGAAUCUAAGUCAUCUAAAUGAGGCAGUUAUGUCAUCGGCCGAGAUGCGAAUCUUCUGAGGAGCACCGCAUUUCGAGACUUCAUUGCAUAGUAUUUGAUAUCUUCUGCUACACGAGGAACAAGGAGGAACUGCGUAGCCGAGCAUUUGCCCGCUCAAUGCACAGGCAUAUACCCGGACGGAUCAUUUGCAGACAAAGUGUCCUCGCACUGACAGACACUCCCAUUGGAUGGGAAGAAGCUGGGCCCGCCGAGAAUAUCUUUUUCACACAUUCAAAGAUAGUACGAAAAAGGGCUUCUUGUCCAAGGCCAAGCCAGGCCAAGCCAGGCCAGCCCCGGCCAUCCCCGGCCCAACCUAGCCCAGCAGCAGCACAGUAGUGAUCCAUCCUGCACGCGUACUGACUGACCCAUCCUUGGCUUCAGAGAGCCCAGAGCCGUACCAAUGGAACACAGGAUAUCAGGUCUCCGACCUGGAUCCAUCUAUCUAUGCGUGACAGCUCUCCCUCCCUCGCUCGCUCUAUAAAGCGAGGGAUGCAAGCAAGCGAGCAAGCAAGCAUCACAUAAGAUGUCCAACCUGCCAUACAUUUCAGUCCCGCCAGAGAGCUGCAUGGACCAGCCAAUGAGCUUCUGUACUGACAAGACAUCUCCGAGGACCCUUCAGACUCCACCGACUCCAUCCAUCUUCUCUGUCACAUGUGGACACAGCUUGGUAAUCUGGUUGGUUGCACAGCAGUACACACCCCACACCCCACCCCCCUACCCUCGGACCCUAGCCUUCCCUCCCUUCCCCUCCCCUCCCCUCGAUGCGUCGCACUGCACUAGAACUUUGCCCGCUCUACAUUUUGUGGAUCUCCAUGUUCAUCUGACUUGAACGCUUUUUCAUUACGCAGAAAUCGCUCAGUUUUCAUGGCCAGUGAAGCGAUGGAAGUCGCAUGCAUGCGCCAAGGCAAGUCUCCUUUUUUACCCUCAUUAACAAUUGUAUUUCCCAGUUGCCCCUGGCUCUGGCUCUGGUGCUGGCUGGCUGGCUGACUGGCUGUCAAUCUUCGGACUCCUGCUUCCUCCUCUUCCUCCUCUCGCUGACCCGAGGGUACAGUGUACCAUGCUCGCUUUUCUUUCCUCCUUUGCGUCCAUUCUUGUCGGGUUGCCAUUGAAUGAAGUUGAGGUGUGAUAUCUUGGAGAUGCAAAGUGGACUGUCCGUUCUAAAUAUCGUCCAGCGAUGGUGGAGAAUCUUCAUGAGUGAGACACACAUACUGUACAUCAUCGGCGGUCGACCAAGGGCAGAGCUGUCCUUAUCGUGUACACUUUGGCCAUCUUCUUCUCUCGUGUGUAGCUUUGAAUUGCCUGCUCUGGUCGUGAUUUUGUCACCUGUAACAGUCAUCUUGUCCACUACUAUCAGCAGUCUUCGCUGGUUUCCGCCCACUUCUUCUUCUUCUUCUUCUCGAUGUGCGUGUAGUGUAUGUUCCGCACCGAAUUGUCCUUCGAAUUGUGGAAUCGUCUCCACCAGUUCUCCAUGCAUCAAGUGCGAGCGAGGGCACGAGCUUCGCAAUGGGGCCACCUCUGCUCUUGACUGCAAUCUGGGUGUUCGACUCGGGACCCCGGUCUCGGCUCUGCUAGGCCUCGCUGGAAUGUCACUCCACUGAACCGGACAAAAAUUUUUCCGCCUUGUGCAUGCGCAGCCUACGGAAGCUAGCUAGCAAACAGUUGAUGUCCGUCCGAGAGUGAUGUCUUACUGCGUAUUGCGUUGC